AUGCAUGAUCUCGUCCAUGAUCUUGUGCUCUCUAUUGGCCAUGAAGAGUGGUUGGAAAUAGAUUCUGACAAUAAAGACGUGGCCUCAACAGUUCGUCAUUUGUCAAUUUCAUCUAGUGACCAAGAAGUUUCAAAGUUCUCGAACAAGUUAACUAAUGUGAAGAGCAUCAUCUACCGAACCGAACCACACGUGUCCUCAGUUGAAGCAUGCAUCUCAAGAUUCAAGUCUCUACGUGUGCUAGCUAUACCUGAUUCAGAUUUUGAGAAUUUGCCAAGUUCCAUUGGUACUCAAAAGCAUUUGAGAUAUCUCGACCUAACUCGUAAUCAGUCAAUCAAGAAGCUUCCUAAUUCCAUUUGCAAGUUACACAAUUUGCAAACCUUGCUGCUUGAUGGAUGUGAAAACCUUGAACGACUACCCAAAGAUAUGAGGAACAUGGUCAACCUUAGGGCUCUUGCAGUAACAACAAAAGAUACAUGUUUGCUGGAGAAUGGAGUAUGUUGCUUUAGUUCUCUUCAAAUUUUAUCUAUGCGAAGUUGUCCAAAACUCGAACGUUUGUUUCCACAGAUGGACAGGUGCCUCACCAAUCUUCGUACAUUGGGUUUUAUGGAAUGUGCAAGUUUGACCUCUUUGAUACCUAUUAUCAAGCACCUAACUGCCUUAGAGAUAUUGUACAUUAGUGAUUGUAAAGAGAUGGAUUUGAAGGAAGGAGGAGGAGGAGAUGCACUGGAUCUCAAUUUAAGACUCCAAAUCUUGGAUAUACGAAGGUUACCAAAGUUGGAGGUUUUACCCGAAUGGCUCCUAGAAUUUGCAGACACUUUAAGGCACCUACAUAUCAAUGAGUGUGAAAAUCUCAAGGCAUUGCCAGAGUGGUUGCCAACUCUGAAAUCACUUCAAACGUUGGAGAUCACUAGGUCCAAUGAGUUAUCAUCUCUACCGGAGGGGAUUCAUCAUAUGAAAACAUUAAGAAAACUGAAGAUUAAAGGUUGUCCUCAACUUGUUACUCGUUUACAAGACUGGUCCAACAUACCAGAGCUCGAAUUUGAUUAUGAAGAUGAUGAGGUAAUAUGA